AUGGUCGACUUAGAAGAUUACGUAGCUAACUUCUGGGAAAACAAAGAAGCCAAAACUGCGUUGUCCAAGGUGAACCUGAAAGCUCUCACAAAUUUGCGGCAGAAAGUUCGGAAAUAUGUGAAAGAAUUCGAGCAGAAGAUAGCAGAGUAUCGCGAAAGCCCUGAUCCGCCUGGCUACGAAACUCCAGAAGAAGAGGAAGAGGCGGAAGAAUCGGGCAAUGAGGCUCAUAUUGCUGCCGCGCCCGCAGGAAAGGAAAAGAAGAAGGAUGUCAUGACUAGUGAAAGCGAGAGCGACUCAGAUUGGUCAAGUGACACGGAUUCAAGCGCCUCAGAUGUUGAUGCAGAUUUCGGUUCGAAGAUGGAAGCAUUGAGGAGACACUUCCUGAAAAAAGAAUUCCGAGGUGAAGAAGAUGGUGCCGCAGACACGAAAAAGGAAAAGAAACGGAAGCAAAGAGAUCAGAACAAGCCCAAAGCAGCUGUUGAUUUUGUUGACGACGAAGAAGACGAUGGUGGUGAAUGGACCCCUAUUACUAAGGAGAAGCAAGUCCAGUUGUUUGAACCAAAACAAGAAGCAAUGAUAAGCAAGUUAACUGAAGUAAUGGCUUCACGUGGGCGCCUUGGAACGAACAGAAAGCAGCAUGUCCGUCUCUUGCAGGAGCUGUACAAAAUUGCUGAAGAGAAGAAAUUAGGCGUUGGAAUUUCUGUGAAGAUUCUGUUUAAUAUUAUUUCAUCGCUGUUCGAACUCAAUACCAAGAUUAGUGAUUUCAUGGAAUUUGCAAACUUCAAC